UACUUUAUGUAAACAGGAUUAGAUCGCGGCCACUCAGGUUGUGCGUUUGCAGAAUUGUUGUUUACAAGUGCUUGAAGAUGAAUAAUUUGGAGGAAGAGGAGGACAGAACACAGUCUCCUGUGUCUAUGGCCAGUGACUGGUCCAAAGGUCGUCCCCCAAACUUCAGUAAUGAACCGGGACCCUCAGACACAAAGGGAAACAAUAAUUUGGAGGAAGAGGAGGAUGGAACAUCGUCCCUCGUGCCCAGCUGUAUGUCUAUGGCCAGUGACUGGUCCAAAGGUCGUCCUCCAAACUUCAGUAAUGAACCGGGACUCUCAGACACAAAAAAGAACAAGUGUGUGCAGGAGCCCGUGUCCAGUUCUGAAUUUUGGACAGCCAGUAGGAGCAGCUGUGUGCAAAAUGAUGGCCUUCAGGAAGUUUUCGAUGAACAUAAAGUCUGUUUGAAGAUGCGAUGUCAAUCUGUGACUGAGGGAACUGAUAAAACAGGAGGUGAAACUCUCCUCAACGCAAUCUACACUGAGCUCUACAUCACAGAGGGACAGAGUGAGGAGGUUAAUACCCAACAUGAAGUGAGUCAACUUGAGAGAGCUUCAAACAAGAAGACCCUCCAUGAUGUUCCAAUUAAGUGUUGUGACAUCUUUAAAGCCUUACCCGAACAACAAAUGCAAAUCAAAGUGGUUCUGACCUACGGUGUUGCUGGCGUUGGAAAAACCUUCUCAGUGCAGAAGUUCACUCUGGACUGGGCAGAAGGUUUGGAAAACCAAGACAUCAGUGUGGUGAUUCUGCUUUCAUUCAGGGAGCUGAACCUGAUCAGAGAUGUGCAGUAUAGUCUCCUGGAGCUGCUCCAGGUUUUCCAUCCAACAUUACAGAAGGUCACAGCAGAGAAGCUGGCUGUCUGUAAACUUUUGUUUAUAUUUGAUGGUCUGGAUGAAAGCAGACUUUUACUGGAUUUCACUAAGAGGGACGUCAUGUCUGAUGUCACACAGAAGUCAACGGUCACGAAUCUGCUGACAAACCUCAUUGAAGGCAACUGCUUCUUGGCUCUCAUCUGGAUAACUUCCCGACCAGCAGCGGCAAUCAGAUCCCCUACACGUGUUGACCGUGUCACCGAAGUGCGAGGUUUCACUGAUGCUCAGAAAGAGGAGUACUUUAAGAAGAGAUUCAGUGAUGAAGAGCUGUCCGGCAAAAUUAUUUCCCACAUCAAGUCAUCCAGGAGCCUCCACAUCAUGUUUCUGGAGCACAUGUUGACUGGAGGGCAGAGAGAAGAGCUGCCCAAGACCAUGACCGACAUGUACUCACACUUCCUGUUGGUACAAACAAAAAGGAAGAUUCAAAAGUACCACGAGGGAGAAGAAGCAAGUCCAGAAGAGCUGAUGGAGGCUGACAAGAAAGGUCUUUUAAAGCUUGGGAGGCUGGCAUUUGAACAUUUGGAAAAAGGAAACCUCAUGUUCUACCAAGAAGACCUGGAGCAGUAUGGUGUGGAUGUCACAGAGGCCUCGUCAGAGAACAAAUCAGAGAAGAGACUCUAUGAAAUCCACUGCUCAGCUCUGGCCUACAUGCUGCAAAUGUCAGAAGUUCUGGAUGAAUUGGACCUGAACAAGUACAACACUUCAGAGGCAGGGCGACAGAGACUGAUCCCAGCUGUGAGGAACUGCAGAAAGGCUCUACUUUCUGACUGUGGAAUUUCAAAGACUCACUGUGAAGUCUUGGCCUCAGCCCUGAAGUCCAAUCCCUCCCAUCUGAUAGAGUUAGAUCUGACCUUCAAUGAGCUGGAGGACUCGGGACUGAAACUGCUCUCUGUAGGACUGGAGAGUCCAAACUGCAGACUGAAGACCCUGAAACUGUGGCACUGUGGAUUGUCAGAGAUUAGCUGUGCUACUCUGAGCUCAGCUCUGAAGUCCAACCCCUCCCGCUUGAGACAUCUGGAUCUGAGUUACAACAAGCUGCAGGAUUCUGGAGUAAAGCAGUUGUGUGGUUUUCUGGAGUGUCGACCCUGUCAACUGGAAACUCUGAGACUAAGGGAGUGCUCUUUGUCAAAGGCCAGUUGUACUUUUCUGUGCUCAGCGCUGAAGUUAAACCCCUACCACCUGAGAGAGCUGGACCUGAGUAGAAACGGCCUGCAGGAUUCAGAUAUGAUUCAGCUGGUGAAUCUUGUGAAUAAUUCAAAUUACAGACUGGAGAAUCUGUGGUAAGUAGGAAGUUGCAUUGAGUCAAUGCUGCUUUUAGCACUACUGUAUAAUACACAGUUGGUA